AUGUCGGUUCCUCGAAUUAGUCCUGUGGAAAGUGAAGUGUUGAUGGCGGUGUUGCUUCGAAACAAACAACGAGGCAUAGUGCCUGAACGAGGCAGCAUGACAGCUCAACACUUCAAGGAUUUGGUAAUGCAGGCAAACAAGUUUACAAGAACACAUUGCAUUGAUCCAUGUCUUUUGUUCGAGAAAAUGAUGGAGGUUUUCGACAACGUGUCCCCGGAAGAGUUGAUUGAAAGUAUGGGCUCUUGUUCCGGUGGUGAUCCAGCAGAUGACAUAGAGAUUAUCGAUAUUUCUGAUUAA